AUGAGCCUCGAAAUCUCCAGGGAGGAGGUGGCUCAGAACAAUACCACCGACAGCUUGUGGUGCAUCAUCGACUCCAAGGUCUAUGACUUGACCGACUUUGCCGACGCACAUCCUGGUGGCUCGACUGUGCUCCAGCAAGUUGGAGGGCUUGAUGCCACCGUCGACUUCUUCAAUCUGCACAGGCUAGAAGUCCUCCAGAAAUAUGAGAAGUCACUGUGCAUAGGCACGGUGAAGGGCGAGACGCCACAGGUCAUAUAUCCCCAGCCCGGGGAUCUCAGCCUGGUGCCUUAUGGAGAACCGACCUGGCUGUCACCACAAUUCAAGAGUCCCUAUUUCAAGGAGAGCCAUCGGCGGCUGCAGCGGGCUAUGCGAGUAUGGGUUGAGACAGUCCUGGCCCCUGAGGCGCAAGAAAAGGAGAGCAGCGGAGCCAGGAUAUCGGACGCUACCAUUGUGGAGAUGGGGUAUGUGUCGCAUAUCUCCCUUGAUUUCUACCAAGAUCUAAUCGUGAUGUUGCUCAGACGCCUUGGAAUCAACGCUAUGCGCAUGGGGCCCGGGCCUCAUCUCAAGGGUUUGACUUUGAUGAAUGGAGCAGUGACGCCAGAGGAAUUCGACUAUUUCCACGAGAUGGUAAUCAAUCACGAGCUCUGUCGAACUGGGGGUCGGGCUUUCAACGAUGGUAACUUGGGUGGCAUGGUCAUCAGCCUGCCGGCUGUAUUGUAUCAUGCAAAACCCAAUAUUCGAAAGCGAGUUGCUGAAGAGUGCUUGUCGGGCAACAAGAAGAUCUGUCUGGCCAUAUCUGAGGCGUUUGCUGGGUCAGACGUGGCUGGUAUAAAGACCACUGCUGUCAAGAGCCCUGACGGUACACACUACAUCGUCAACGGUACCAAGAAAUGGAUCACCAACGGCGUCUUCUGUGACUAUUUCGUCACCGGCGUCAAGACCGAAAAGGGGUUCUCUGUGCUGCUCAUCGAAAGACAGGAGGGUCUUGAGACCACCCAGAUCAAGACAAGCUAUUCCUCAUCCGCCGGGACAGCAUUUAUCAAGUUGGACAAUGUCAAAGUGCCCGUUGAGAACCUCCUCGGCGUCGAAGACCAGGGAUUCAGGGUGAUGAUGACAAACUUCAACCAUGAACGGUGGAUGAUCACGACAUUCAGCAUUCGAACAAGCCGGAUAAUCGUAGAGGAUUGUAUAAAGUGGGCAAACCAGCGGAGGGUGUUUGGGAAGAAGUUGAUCGAGGAGCCGGUGAUCAGACAAAAACUGGCCAAAAUGAUCGCUUACGCAGAGGCCAUCCAAAACUACCUCGAAAAUAUCACCUACCAAAUGUGUAAUAUGUCCCAGGAAGAACAAAAUCGACAUUUGGCUGGCCCCAUCGGGCUCUUCAAGAUGUUUGCCACCCGUGCCGCUCAUGAGAUCGCCGACGAGGCCGUCAAUGUCUUCGGAGGGCGUGGCAUCACAUCCACCGGCAUGGGAAGGAAUAUCGAAAUGUUUCAUCGGACGUACAAGUUCGAUGCCAUUCUUGGAGGGACGGAGGAGAUCCUGGGUGAUCUUGGUGUAAGACAGGCGAUGAAGUAUAUGCCGAAAGCGAUGCUGUGA